ACCAGAUUUUGGAGAACAAAUCAUUAAAAGAGCGCAUCAUUUGUAUGGAACAGGACUUGGCAGUCGCUAAAAAGAAGAUUGCUGAGCUUGAGGAGGAAAAGAAGCCACCCAACCUUCCGGAAGUUACCAAAAGCACAGUCAUGCAGUCUGACAAGACUGUGAAAUUUUACACGGGGCUAGUGUCUACAGCCAUGUUUAAUGCCUCGCUGCAGUUUGUGCUGUCCAUCUGGAAUCCACCACACAGGACAUGCCUAGAUCCAGAGCAGCAACUGAUCCUAGUGCUCAUGCGACUGCGACUAGGUCUUCUAACACAAGACCUCGCAUGUCGAUUUGGCAUCUCAGCAUCCACUGUAAGUGUAAUUUUUCACUCGUGGCUCGACGUUUUGGCAGAGAAUCUCAAGAAGUUCAUAAUCUGGCCAUCUCGACGGUCGAUUCAAACCCAUCGUCCUCGAGCAUUUCGAGACCCAUUAUUUGACCAUGUCAGGGGAAUAAUUGACUGCACGGAAGUAUUUAUCCAGAGACCAACUGUAAUGAAGGCCAGAAGCCAAACUUUUUACAGCUACAAACACCACAAUACCAUCAAGCUGCUUGUUGUGGUAUCCCCGUCAGGAGCAAUCACGUUUGUUUCGAAAGCCUGGGGGGCAGGGUUUCCGACAAGGAGCUAA